GUUUGGUUCAGGUCUGUGACGGCAGAAUAUCGGUCCACGUCACUGAAGGAGAUCAUCGCUCCUUCGUGGAAGGAGACAGCAUGAAGUCCAUCAGCAGGAUUAUCCACAGCUUGUUGGUCGGACCUUCGACCAGAGAGGUCUAGUUGAAGAUUGACUCUGCUUCAGUUUAAACAAACAAACAAACAAAACAACAACAACAACAAAACCCAACACGACACCUAUGAAAGACUGUGUUCCCUUUACACCUCAGUUUACACUUUAGCGUCUAGGCAAAACCAGAUAAGUCGGUUAAAUUAACCCCAGGAGGUAGCGGUAGUACAACAGAACAAACAUAACUGCUGUUAAAACCAGAGAGCGAAGAAGAACAAAAACCGGAAGUGAACGUAGAAGAUAGUGACGUCGACAACAACAACAGUAUUCCAUCAUGGCGGCUGACAGUGAUCCCGAGACAGAGGUGUUUGAAAUCACCGACUUCACUACAGCGUCAGAGUGGGAACGGUUUGUGUCCAGGAUCGAAGAAGUGUUGAAUGACUGGAAGUUGAUUGGAAAUUCUUCAGAUAGGUUGCCCAUAGAAAAGGGUGAAUACACCAGAAGCACCUGGGAGGAGAAAUCCCAAGAAAUUAAUUUUGCAGAUUUUAAGUUUUAUAUAACACAUUAUGUCCUGGUACAAGAUCAACAGACAGAAGACGUGAAGGACAAUGUCGAGGAAGAUGCGUUUCCUGUGGCUAUGCAGGACCUUCUGUGUAUGAACAAUGAUUUCCCUCCUAGAGCCCACUGUUUGGUCAGAUGGUAUGGCUUAAGAGAAUUUGUGGUGGUCAGCCCUGGAGCCAACUGUGAGGCUAUCAUAAGUGAAUCAAAAUGUAAUCUACUCCACAGCUCAGUCUCUAUUGCUCUUGCCAACAGUGGCUGCCAGGUACCAUUGUUUGUUCAGGUCCAGCAGAAGUGGAGAAAGAUGUUUGCUGGAGAAUGUCAGGGGCCAGGUGUUCGCACUGACUUUGAGAUGGUUCAUCUGAAGAAGGCACCGAGUCAGUACAACCACCUCUCUGGUCUGCUGGACAUCUUCAAGUCUAAGAUAGGUUGUUGCCUGUCGCCUCUGCCACCUGUCAAUAUUGCCAUUCGUUUCACUUAUGUUCUCCAGGAUUGGCAACAGUAUUCAUGGCCACAGCAGCCUCCAGACUUUGACACGCUCCUCGGCAGUGAGGUGGGAGGAGUAGAGUUUGGGAAGCUUCCUUUUGGAGCCUGUGAGGAGCCAAUCAGUGAGCUUCAUCUUGCAACCACUUGGCCGAACCUGACAGAAGGCAUUGUUGUGGACAAUGAAGUCUAUAGUGACCUCGACCCUCUCCAAGCUCCUCACUGGUCAGUCCGUGUCAGGACGGCAGAAAACCCUCAGUGUUUACUGGGUGACCUCCUGACAGAGUUCUUGCGGCUCUGCUCUAGAAAGGAGUCGACAGAGGAGGUUCUAGGAAGAAGACUGGGUGAAGAUGAGGGCAAAGAAAAUGCUGACAUCUCCUCAGCCUUGUCCAGGCUGACAGAGCCGGCAGCGGCUGUACCGAUCUCUAAACUUUCGGUCUCUAACAUGGUGCACAGCGCCCGGAAACACAUACGACGUCACAAACGCAACGAUGAGUCGCCGCUUAGCGCUGAUGUGCUUAAUUCUGUCCUCCUGUAUCUUUUUCCAGAUGCUGCUGUAGAGAAGUCGCCUGACAGUAAGAACAAAACUGCAAACACAAACUCCAGUGGGAAAAGUGAGCAGGAGAAACAAUCUGACCAUAAUAUUUUCCUGCAGCUGAAGUCAGCACCCAGUGACAGCCUGACCUACCGUCUGGCUCUGUGUGUGUGUCUCAUCAACUACAGCCAUGGUGGGCUGCGCGCUGUCGCCCACCUGUGGCAGGAGUUUGUCCUUGAGUUGCGUUACCGCUGGGAAAACAACUACCUUGUUUAUGGUUUGACUGGUGGUCCGCCUGAUCUUCGCUGUUGUCUGUUGCAUCAAAAGCUUCAGAUGCUGAACUGCUGCAUUGAGAGGAAAAGAGCCAGAGAUGAAACACGCAAAGCACAGGAUGGAAACAAGGACAGAGAGCGCAAGGUGUCAGGCAGCACCAACAACAGCGGCAGUCACGAGUGUCCAACGUUAACCCCUGCUGCCUCCAGCACCACAAAGGAGGUUUCACCUGGGAAGUCCUGGGACUCUUGGAGCGACAGUGAGGACGAGUUCUUUGAAUGCUUGAGUGACCAGGGGGAGGCUGAAGCCCCGCAACCUGAGGGAGAAAAGGAAGUGAACAAGAGCAAAGCAGAAGGCAGACUGCACCCAUACAACAAUAUGACUCUGCUCCACUCUGCAGAACCUCUCUAUGUUCCUGUCACACAGGAACCUGCUCCCAUGACGGAGGAUCUGUUGGAGGAACAGUCAGAGGUUCUGGCCAAACUGGGCACAUCUGCUGAAGGCACCCACCUCCGUGCACGCAUGCAGAGCGCCUGUCUGCUCUCGGACAUGGAGUCCUUUAAGGCAGCCAACCCCGGCUGUGUUCUGGAAGACUUUGUGCGUUGGUAUUCACCUCGGGACUAUGUAGAGGAAGAGGAAGUGGAUGAGAAGGGAAACACCGUGGUGAAGGGCAGCCUCAGUCCCAGGAUGAAGAUCCCAGGAAACAUGUGGGUGGAAGCGUGGGAGACGGCCCGAGUCGUACCGGCUCGUCGUCAGAGAAGACUUUUUGACGACACCAAGGAGGCAGAGAAGGUCCUUCAUUUCUUGGCAGUGCAGAAACCUGCAGACCUGACACGCCACCUGCUGCCCUGCAUCAUCCAUGCUGCUAUUCUGAAACUGAAAGAUGAAGAGGUAGUAGAAGAUAUUCCAACAGUCAGGAAAAGCAUUCAACAGGCCACAUCACAGGCCAGCAAACUCUUCUCCCCCUUCAACCAAGACCACAAGAAGUUGGAGGACUUCAUUAGCCAGCUCAUAUCCAUGGAAAUCGCCAUCACUCGAGCUCGUUCACUCAAGGCCAAGUUUGCCGUCAGUGAAGGAGAGAAGGCAGAGGACGCGGCUGAACUAGAGAACUUUGUGAGCUCACUGUUGGAGGAACCAGAGGUCGUUGUCCUCGGAGCAGGUCAGGGUCCAGCUGGCAGCAUCAUCCACAGGCUGUUUGUCAGUGCUCAGAGGGCUGCCCUGCUGUCACCCCUGGAUGAAGAUUUUGGCAACGACAGGAAGCAGACGGGAGGAAGUAACAAAGUUCCUGACUUCCCUCCUCCAGCUGGACGGGAGAUUCUGUUGCGAACGUGCGUCCCUCGGCCGGCGCCUUAUUCCAAAGCUCUGCCUCAGAGGCUGUUCUGUGUGCUGAUGAAGGAAGAGUUCAGACUGGCGGGAGCUUUCUCUUUAGACACUGCCUUCUUUUAAUACACUAAUAUUUUCUCAUCUGCGAUAAUGAGAUUUGCAUGAGAACGAGAGGAUCACGGUCAAAUCAACAGAUUUUAAAUCAUUUUGAUGCUACAAAUGACUGGCAGGGCCUUUUUUUUCUUCUGAGUUACGGCUUUUACACAGUAUUUCACUUUACACUGCAUUCCAAUUGAUAAGUAAUAUUUGCACCAGGAUGAGAUGAUCAGAUGAAGUCAAGUUACAGCAGAUUAAAGGAGAAAAGAAACUAAACCCCUAAAUCAUAGAGAAAUACAGAUUUGUUUUUGUACUUUAGUAAAAUACCUUUGAAGGAUGAGUUUAGACUUCAUAUUAAUAGGUAUUAUUUUAUUUUACAAUAAUUAUGAAUAAUGCAAUGAUUCAACUUAUGACCCCAAACCAUUCAAAACAGCUCUGACUAUAGAGGGCGCUGCUGCUCAACCAUAGGUAGAUAGUGCUGCUUAAAGGUAAUUUAAUUGAGCUCACACAAGAAAGAUUGCAAAAAGUUUAAAUGAUUUAAAUCAUUUUUUAUUUCACCAACAACACGCUCCAUCCAUGUGUCGAAAUACACAGUAAAAUUGGUGUAAAUAAAUACUAUAAGAUACUCAUAUGAACCUACUUAUUACAGCAAAGGUCAGCAUUAUUCCUGACAUGUUGGCAUUUAUUUUACUUUUCCUGUUGAUACCAUGGCUGUCAUGUUAACAGUUGUCUAUGUUGUGCUGAUGUUAAAAGAAAUGCCUGGAGUUUCCACUGAAGAAGCAGGUGUACAGUACCUGUCAAUCAGUGUCAGUGUGAAAGUAUGUAUGUAUGUGUCUGUAAUAAAUACCAUUCUUCUGUC